CUAAAAAUUACUGCCACUAGGGUUUGUCGGGCGGCUGCUGGUGACUCCUCACUGGGUUUUCCUUCUCCCGCCCUCCCUUUCUCUCUACAGAUCUCCUCCUCCCCAAGGGAGGCUGCUGUUAAACCUUCCUCACUACCAGCGGGGCUCUCACUUCAUACGGGAGAGAGAAGCUGGGACCGCACUGCCAGCUCGUGCCUUCCGGAUCCUAGGUGAGCUCUUGACGGCGACAGCGCUGUGGCAAACAUGGCACCCAAGAAGAAGGCUAUCAAAAAGAACAAAGCAGAGAUCAACGAGAUGACCAUCAUCGUAGAAGACAGCCCCCUAAACAAGCUGAGUGCUCUAAACGGGCUCCUAGAAGGCAGCAACAGCCUUAGCUGUGUUUCUUCUGAGCUAACAGACACGUCCUAUGGCCCCAACCUCCUGGAAGGUUUAAGUAAAAUGCGGCAAGAGAGCUUCCUGUGUGACUUAGUCAUUGGUACCAAAACCAAGUCCUUUGAUGUUCAUAAAUCAGUCAUGGCUUCGUGCAGUGAAUACUUUUACAACAUCCUUAAAAAGGAUCCAUCAACGAAACGGGUGGACCUCAAUGACAUCGCCCCCUUAGGCCUAGCCACGGUGAUCGCGUACGCAUACACGGGAAAGCUGACCCUCUCUCUGUACACAAUAGGAAGCAUCAUCUCUGCUGCCGUGUACCUUCAGAUCCACACUCUUGUGAAGAUGUGCAGCGAUUUUCUGAUACGAGAGAUCAGCGUUGAGAACUGCAUGUAUGUUGUUAAUAUCGCCGAAACGUACUGCUUGAAAAACGCCAAAGCGACAGCCCAGAAAUUUAUCCGGGAUAACUUCAUCGAAUUUGCAGAAUCAGAGCAGUUUAUGAAGCUUACCUUUGAACAAAUUAAUGAGCUUCUCAUAGACGAUGACCUGCAGUUGCCUUCUGAGCUAGUAGCGUUCCAGAUUGCAAUGAAAUGGCUAGAGUUCGACCCCAAGAGAGUGAAGCACGCAGCAGAUCUUCUAAGUAACAUUCGAUUUGGUACCAUUUCUGCACAAGACCUGGUCACUUAUGUUCAAACUGUACCAAGAAUGAUGCAAGACGCCGAUUGUCAUAAACUGCUUGUGGAUGCUAUGAACUACCACUUACUACCUUAUCAUCAAAACACCUUGCAAUCUCGGCGAACAAGAAUUCGAGGCGGCUGCCGAGUUCUCAUCACUGUUGGGGGACGCCCUGGCCUGACUGAGAAGUCCCUUAGUAGAGACAUUUUGUAUAGAGACCCUGAAAAUGGAUGGAGCAAGCUCACAGAAAUGCCAGCCAAGAGUUUUAACCAGUGUGUGGCUGUGAUGGAUGGAUUCCUUUAUGUAGCUGGUGGUGAGGACCAGAAUGACGCAAGAAACCAAGCCAAGCAUGCUGUCAGCAAUUUCUGCAGGUACGAUCCUCGCUUCAACACCUGGAUCCACCUGGGCAGCAUGAACCAGAAACGCACGCACUUCAGCCUGAGCGUGUUCAACGGGCUCCUGUACGCGGUGGGCGGCCGCAACGCGGAGGGCAGCCUGGCUUCGGUGGAGUGCUACGUGCCCUCGACCAACCAGUGGCAGCCCAAGGCGCCGCUCGAGGUGGCACGCUGCUGCCACGCCAGCGCCGUGGCCGAUGGCCGCGUGAUCGUGACGGGAGGCUACAUCGGCAGCGCGUACUCGCGCUCCGUGUGCGCCUAUGACCCCGCGCACGACGCGUGGCAGGAGCUGCCCGAGCUGAGCACGCCGCGAGGCUGGCACUGCGCGGUGUCCUUGGGCGACAGGGUGUACGUGAUGGGGGGCAGCCAGCUGGGGCCGCGCGGGGAGCGCGUGGACGUGCUCACGGUGGAGAGUUUCAGCCCCGCAGCGCGCCAGUGGAGCUUCGUGGCACCGCUGCCCGUGGGCGUGAGCACGGCGGGAGUCUCGGCGCUCCACGGACGCGCGUACCUGCUGGGCGGCUGGAAUGAGGGCGAGAAGAAGUACAAAAAAUGCAUCCAGUGCUUCAACCCCGAGCUCAACGAGUGGACGGAGGACGACGAGCUGCCCGAAGCCACCGUGGGCGUGUCCUGCUGCACCCUGGCCAUGCCCAACAGCGUGUCCCGCGAGUCACGGGCCAGCUCGGUGUCCUCCGUACCGGUCAGUAUCUGAACGCAUUGCUUCCCAGAGGCCUGUGGUCAGACUGCGAGUGGGCCACAAGGAAAAUAAAUACAGCGUUUACUACAGUGAUGGCGACUCAAAGCGAUCUAGAGGAAUGUCCGGGAGGCUCUAAAUUCGUAGUUUGGUAUCAUCUACCUCAGUCUUUCCCCACCUUCCACCAACAAAAUAAAGGGCUGUAGGCGACAGAAGUAAUUUCGUUCUGCAGCCACUGGGUGGCAAACGGAGUUUGUUGCAGGCGCUCUUCCAAAGAGGCCGGCUUCCUAAAUUCCUAGCAGUUACUUGUUGAGAUUUCUUUUUUUCCUACACUGUACACGUAAAAACUUGAAUGGCUAUGCAAUUUCCUAUUCAAAGAUGUCUUUUCUUCUCUGCUUCCUUUGGGGGAGUUGAAAAUACUCAUUUCAAAUUUUCAAAUGAAAAUAGUUUAUAUCCAUCAAGACUUAAUUUGUAUAAUUCAACAUAAAAAUUUCUUUCCCCCUCCUUGAGUACAAAGAACUUUUAAGGACAUCUCGUGUUAGAGUCAGAAGGCUUUAAACAAGGUGUGGCGGGAAAGCAACAGAUCCUGCUGGGAGACAGUAAGGCAGCAGUUUGUGGUUAGUGGCGUGUACCCUCAUCCUCUGGAAGCUACAAUCAUUUUCUAUCAUAAAAUCCUACUCUCAGAAGAGGAGUGGUUUCCAGUCGCUUAAUUUAUAGGGCAAAUUUAAAUCAUUUGACAUUUUUCUUAUAAAUGAUUUUAUCUCUUAUCCAUCACUUAUCCUUAUAUAUUGGGAAACAUCUUCCCCCCCCCCCCCCGGAUGGUGAACCGAGGACCUCGCGCAUGCUAGAUAAGUGCUCUGCCAGGAAGCUACCUCUCCAGCCUUCAUUUUGUUUUGUUUUAUUUAUUGAGACAGAGUCUUACUACGUAGGCCAGAGUAGCCUCAAACUCCCGGAGAUCAGCUUGCCUCAGCCUCCUGAGUGCUGAGAUUACAGGCGUGUGUCACCAUUCCCAGUCCUUUGCUUUAUUUUAAAGUAGGGGUGUUCUAGGUUACCUAGGUUAGCCUUGAACUUAAAACUCUCCAGUUUCAGCCUCCCUAGUAACUGGGAAUUACAGAUCUGUACCACCAGGUACAACUUUACCCUAAGUUAAAUUGCUUCUACAUUAGCCCAAAUGAUCACCAAAUAGCCUUAUGCUCUUGAGUAUCAUUAACUUCGCCUUACCUUUCCGGCUGUGCAGCCAAUAGCAGGAAUUUUACUGGCCCACUCCUUCUCAUGAUGAUGAUGCAGGAAGUAUUUAGGAUGCUCCUAGUUGGCAAUGACUGGAUGUAUGGAUAGAUUCACCUAUUGAGAAAUGUGGUUUGUGUCUCCUGAUGUCUAACUUAAAAUAUUAAGCCAAUAAUAUAU